AUGGGAACUCAAAGACGAGCAACAAAGCUAGCCCCUGAACUAAAACAUCUAAGUUAUACCGAAAGAUUGACAAAGUUGGGCCUCACAACUCUGGAAACAAGACGUAUAAGAGGAGAUCUCAUUGCUUUCUUCAAACUAACAACUAGGAUUGAUAAGAUAUUGUGGUAUAAAGAGCCUAAUAAAGCUUCUUCCCAGAGACUUCGAGGUCAUCCAAUGAAAUUUGAAAGAGAAUUUGCAAAAACAACACCGAGACAUAAUUUUUUUACGAACAGAGUGAUACCUCAUUGGAAUGCUUUACCUGAAAAAGUGGUUUCUGCAAUGACAGUAAAUUCUUUUAAAGCUAGACUAGAUAAACGGCUGUUAAAGUAA